AUGUCUAUCAUACACUCAAAACAUCCCUGGAACCUCGCACACCCCUCACCGCUGUCCGGGGAAAUGUCUAUCACACACCCCUACCAUCCCCGGAACCUCGCCCACCCCUCACCGCUGUACGGGGAAAUGUCUAUCAUACACCCAAAACAUCCCCGGAACCUCGCCCACCCCUCACCGCUGUACGGGGAAAUGUCUAUCACACACCCCUACCAUCCCCGGAACCUCGCCCACCCCUCACCGCUGUACGGGGAAAUGUCUAUCACACACCCCUACCAUCCCCUGAACCUCGCCCACCCCUCACCGCUGUACGGGGAAAUGUCUAUCACACACCCCUACCAUCCCCGGAACCUCGCCCACCCCUCACCGCUGUACGGGGAAAUGUCUAUCACACACCCCUACCAUCCCCGGAACCUCGCCCAUCCCUCACCGCUGUACGGGGAAAUGUCUAUCACACACCCCUACCAUCCCCGGAACCUCGCCCACCCCUCACCGCUGUACGGGGAAAUGUCUAUCAUACACCCAAAACAUCCCUGGAACCUCGCACACCCCUCACCGCUGUACGGGGAAAUGUCUAUCACACACCCCUACCAUCCCCGGAACCUCGCCCACCCCUCACCGCUGUACGGGGAAAUGUCUAUCACACACCCCUACCAUCCCCGGAACCUCGCCCACCCCUCACCGCUGUACGGGGAAAUGUCUAUCACACACCCCUACCAUCCCCGGAACCUCGCCCACCCCUCACCGCUGUCCGGGGAAAUGUCUAUCACACACCCCUACCAUCCCCGGAACCUCGCACACCCCUCACCGCUGUACGGGGAAAUGUCUAUCACACACCCCUACCAUCCCCGGAACCUCGCACACCCCUCACCGCUGUACGGGGAAAUGUCUAUCACACACCCCUACCAUCCCCGGAACCUCGCCCACCCCUCACCGCUGUCCGGGGAAAUGUCUAUCACACACCCCUACCAUCCCCGGAACCUCGCCCACCCCUCACCGCUGUACGGGGAAAUGUCUAUCACACACCCCUACCAUCCCCGGAACAUCGCCCACCCCUCACCGCUGUACGGGGAAAUGUCUAUCACACACCCCUACCAUCCCCGGAACCUCGCUCACCCCUCACCGCUGUACGGGGAAAUGUCUAUCACACACCUCUACCAUCCCCGGAACCUCGCCCACCCCUCACCGCUGUACGGGGAAAUGUCUAUCACACACCCCUACCAUCCUGGAACCUCGCCCACCCCUCACCGCUGUCCGGGGAAAUGUCUAUCACACACCCCUACCAUCCCCGGAACCUCGCCCACCCCUCACCGCUGUACGGGGAAAUGUCUAUCACACACCCCUACCAUCCCCGGAACCUCGCUCACCCCUCACCGCUGUACGGGGAAAUGUCUAUCACACACCCCUACCAUCCCCGGAACCUCGCCCACCCCUCACCGCUGUACGGGGAAAUGUCUAUCAUACACCCCUACCAUCCCCGGAACCUCGCCCACACCUCACCGCUGUACGGGGAAAUGUCUAUCAUACAUCCCUACCAACCCCGGAACCUCGCUCACCCCUCACCGCUGUACGGGGAAAUGUCUAUCAUACACCCAAAACAUCCCCGGAACCUCGCCCACCCCUCACCGCUGUAUAAAUCUUGUCUAA